UUUAGGGUAAAUAAUGCCUAUUUAAGAAUUAAUGUCAGCUUAAUUGAUUAACUGAUUGCUGAUAUAAGCUGUGCACAGAGCUGGUCGUAUGCAGUCACCUGACGAAAGGCCGGUGUGUGUUACCUUUCAUUGUCAUUUAUAAUUUACUAAAAAUGCGGACCCUCAUUUUUUGUACAAUGGUCCUCCUUGGUCUGCCGCAUCUCUCUAGUGGUGGCUGCUCAGAUUUCACAACUGUGAACACAAUCGGUCAACUAAAUUCCUCUUUAGGUAUAGGACACACUUUUUUAGUUUACUCCACCACCAAUAUUCUUGUUUGCAUGGAGUGGUGCCACCGACUUUCGAUGUGUCGCUCCGUGGAUUUGAACCGAGAGCGAUCAGAAUGCCGGUUAAACGUGAAAUCGUCCAUCCAGGACCCCAGUCUUUUAAGAACAACCAAUGGCUCAUUUCAUGUCGACAAAGAGAAAUUUCCAGAACAGCUAGUGUUCGAUGCCUGUCACGCCCACUUUUGUGACAACUACAGCAUGUGUGUAUCGGGCGCAUGUGUCCCCGUGUUCUCAGAAAAAAACUGUGGGUCACUGCCAGCUGUAGCGAAUGCUGAGGACAGCCCCACGGGUCCAUUUCCCGUGGGCCACACCCAUGAUUACAAAUGUACUGUUGAUUACUUGCCGUUCUCUGAGCCGUACACAACUUGUCAAGAUAACGGAAAAUGGACAGACGUUGUCUUUCAGUGUUUAGAAAAAACCUGUGGGUCACCGCCAACUGUGGCGAAUGCUGAGGACAGACCCCCGGGUCCAUUCCCCGUGGGCCACACCCAUAAGUACACUUGUACUGUUGGUUAUGUAUCGUUCUAUGAACCUUACACAACUUGCCAACAUAACGGAAUAUGGACAGACGUUGACUUUCAGUGUUUAGAAACUUGCAAGGCAAGCGGCAAUAUCUUGGUAGGCUCUGCUUGGUGUUAUUUCUUUGGCGAUUUCAAAGUAAACGACAGUGAAGCAAAGAGUCAGUGUGCCGCCAGACAAAUGGACAUGCCAAUCAUUGAGACUCAGCAGGAAUGGCACGCAGUGGUUCCUUAUCUAGUUAACUUUACGAAUUACUGGCUUGAUGCCUACGCCGAAUACAAUAUUGAUGAGUGGUUUAACAGAACAUGGUACUGGUAUAAUGGCAAACCUAUUGGUUCUUAUCAACCGUGGAAAAUCGGUCAACCUAAUUACACUCACGCCGGAGAAAUGAAACUCCAGGCAGGCAAACAAGGAUGGCACGUUGUUAAUGCAUCAGAGGCAGACGGAUACUUCAUGUGCGAAAUAGGUGUUUAACAAUUGAUGGAUUAAUUCCUGGUCGUUAUGUCAUAUUUUAUCGGCUAAACAAGUUCAUAUUGUAUAUCGUUACAAUUCAAUUCAGUUUAUUCGCUCAAACUAUGAGAUAGUACUUGAGGUCAAUCAACAUAUACAGUUCAAAAGUCAAAGGUACAUUUUAUAAAUUAAUAGAUAAGUAAUAGAUAAAUAGUAAUAAAGCAUAAAUAUACAAU